UGUGUAUGUGUAUGUGUGUGCAUGUGUGUGUGUGCUUGUGUGUUAAUGCGUGUGUUUGCAUUGUGUAUGCUAUGGUGGCUGUUCAGUGGGACGCUUGGAAUGAUCUCUGAUGACUCUCAUUCCUCCCAGCUCACCAUUGAUCAAUUUCUGCAACUGCAAGAGAGGAUACGAAACUUCGAGGGCAUGCUUGGCGGCAGCAGCGGGGAGCGUUUAUGCACGCCAAGCACUUCGGCCGGUCCAUUUCGCAUAUUCUCCGUGGCCGGUUUUCAGAAUCGUGCCAACGACAUUGUCUACUGCCCGCCAAUUGUACGGCAGCAGUCGCAGCAUGUCGACGAUUCCAAAGCGAUUAUCUACUUCGGCGGCGAUGUGCAGGACUUUCCGGAGAGCAUGGAAACGAAUCGGGACAGUCGCGGCUAUAUGAAAUACAAUCUGGAGAAUUCUGCGAUAUUGCUGCGUGAAGCCUUUCCUCGCUCACAUAUUAUAGUCAUACGGCCGGUUCGCAUGGAAUUUAAGACCUUCAGCUGCUUCGAUAAUUUCGUGCGUGGAAAUAAUGCUGGUGUGCCGGAUCAUACGCCCAUGAACCAUGCGCUGCAACAUUUAGAAAAGCUGCUACAGAAUCUAUCGCAACGUCUGAUCUCAAUACCCGAAAACGAGAUACUCGAUCAGGCGGCGCAAGCUGCGGCAGCGGCUGCUGCCGUUGCUGCAGCUGCAGCAGCCGCAGCGUUGACGCUCUCGAAUGCAACGGCGAACUCAGAGUCUAGCUCAGCCUCAGCAGCGGCGGCGGCGGCGGCGGCAGCCAAUGACAGCAGUCAGGAAAUGGACAUAGACAUAUUGCAGGUGCAGGAAAAUGUAACAGUAGAUGCAGAUGGCGCCGUGAUCUUUCCCAUAGUUUCCGCUGGCACCACGGAAACGGGCACAACUGCAAAUAAUGUAGUUAACAACAGCAACAACAAAGACGCUGUCGCUAACAACCAUCAGGAGUCAAACAGCCAACAACAGCAGCAGCAGCAACAACAACAACAACAGCAAACAGCUGCAAAGGCAAACUCAACGCCAGCGAACAAUGUGGAGCACUACAACAACACAAACAGCAGCAACGAUUGCGCCGCGUCGCAACCGACGCUGCCAGCGCAGCCGCAGCAGCCACGAGCAACUACGGCAGCGGCCGACAGCAAUCCGUUGUGGUGGCGGGAGAAUCUGAAUUUGGACAAGUCCAAGCUGGUGCUGAUUGGUUUCAGCAAGGGCUGCGUCGUGCUCAAUCAAUUCAUCUAUGAAUUUCACUAUCUGAAAACGUUGACGCCGGACGACAGCAGCAUGUGCCGGCUGCUAUCACGCAUAACAGACAUGUACUGGCUAGACGGAGGGCAUGGUGGACAGAAGAACACAUGGAUCACAUCACGGAGUCUGCUGGAGACACUUACGCGAAUGGGCAUGAACAUACAUGUGCACCUCACACCCUACCAGGUGCAGGACGAUCGGCGGCCCUGGAUACGCAAGGAAGAGAAACUGUUUACUGAGAUGUUGCGGCGUUUAAAUGCGCCUAUUACGCGACACUUGCAUUACGAUAAUCAGCCAGCGAAUCUGAUGACGCACUUUGAAGUACUGCAGGCAUUCUGUCAGCAUGUCCAUUCCCUCAAUCAACAGCAGCUUCAGCAACAAGCUGGCAAUGAGCAGCCAAAUGUGGCCACCAACAAUGGUGCUAGCAGUGGUAGCAACAAUCUGCUGGAUGGCAGCGAUGAGGCAAAGUGACAGCUU